CAACAUUCCAGUGAUACCCCCUUGUUUUAAGUCUAAUUGCUAAUCUCCCUUAAUUUACUUCCUUGCAAACCCCCCAGUCCUCUAGAUAUCACGGGUUUUCAUCAUGACUCCUGCCGUGAACCGUCCCACUAAUACCAAGCAGAAGGAGCAGGACAUUAACGCCAAGCUCCAACUGUUUGGAAUCUACCAUGCCUUCAUGAAGAGCAAGCUGCCCUCCAACAAGCAGUGUGAUGUCGCCCUGAACAGUGCCCUUGCCUCCAAGGCCCUCUCAUCGCCACCGGCGGACCUUUCCGACGAUGGCAAAGUCCUCGUCAAGGACUUGCGCAAUGUUAUUGAGCAGGCCAAGCUGAUGCUCCUCACCAAGAACGAGGGCGAGCUUCUGCAGGACUUCAUCUGGCAGGCCCAGCAGAUCACCUCCGGCGAUGUCAAGACCCCCGGUAUGCCCAUCUCCAAGGAGGCUGGCAGGCAGGACGGCGAGAAGACCCUGGAGGGUCUUAAGACUCUGGGAACGCUCUUGAUCACCAAUGGAGAGUUCCGAAAGAUUUUGAGCGACGCAACUGUCUUGUUGCGCGAUAUCGCCGCCGAUGCUUCCCAGAAGGCUGCCAACCAAGUGCGCCCAUCGGAGGAUCAGCUCGCCCAAAUCGAUACCCCGGCUGAGGAGAACGUGUGGCACGAGAAGCCGAACGUCUCCAAGGAUGACCUGAAGAGCCGCCUCAAGAGAUCCCAGGGUGACAAGGCAAAUCUUGACUCUGCUCCUGUUGUUGAGUAUCAAGGCGGCGAUGCCGAUUCUGUCACCCCCUCAGAGAGGAGUCGUUCCAAGAAGUAUGCCGACAAGACCAAGGAAUACCUCUCGGAGAAGAUCCCCAAGGAGCGUCGUGAGCAGACCAUCUGGCGCUUGAAAAAGAUGAUUAUUGAGGUCCAAGGCCACGCCGACUACCAGCAAGCCAUUGAGACCCUUCUUUAUAUGGCCGAGAAGUACGCUGGACACACCAAGCACGUCGGUGCUCAGGGCAGCGGUGCUGUUAAGGACACCCGCUCCACUGACAGCGUGCAGGCUGCUGAGUACAAUUUGCGCACUCUCAUCGAGCGCUUCGCCAACAACACUUCCCUGUCUGACUUCUUCGAUUCCCUGGAUAACAUCUACCGUGAUGCUGACAAGGACCCCGAGCUGCGUGGCUGGUUCUCGAAUGUUGACACCUACAUCCGCAAGUGUCUGCGUGAGCAGGGCUUCAUCAUGGAGGAUGAGGCCACCAGACAGUGGAACGAGCUGUACGACAAGGGUCGCUACCUGAUCCGUGAGCGCUACCGCUCCCACAGUGACCGCAUCAUCGAUGAGAUCAAGUUCCUUGCCGAACAGUUCGAUAAGGACCCUCGCAACAAGGCUCUGGCUGAGUCUGUUCAGACCCUCUUCAAGGACCUGGGUCGCGAUGCUGGCGGCAAGGUUGUCUUCAAGAAGCACCUGCUCACGGAUCUCCGUGACAUCAUCUUGCCCGGCAUCUUUGAGAACGUCCGCUACGUUCCCAUUCCCCGUAUCGAGGUGUCUGACCCUACGGUCGACGUUGUGAUUGAGAACCUCGUUAUCGAGAGCGACAACCUCAUGCCCAACGUGGUCGAGUUCGGCAGCGACAACUACUUCCGUUGGGGCCGCAAGAAGAUCUCCAACAAGCGUGACAACAAGAUCAUGAUUGCCGCCUCCGGUAUUCAGGCCGACCUGCGUGACGUCAGCUAUUACAUCAAGAAGAAGCAGGGCUUCCCCUCCAUCACCGACACCGGUAUUAUGGACAUCAUCCUCAGCGGCGAAGGCUUUGGCUUCAAGAUUGCCGCUUCUACCGUCAACAAGGGCGACAAGCAGCACAUCGUCAAGCUGGACAAGGUCUCCGUCAACAUCAAGAACCUCGACAUCAAGCUUAAGAAAUCCAAGCACAAGGUCCUGUUCUCCACCUUCAAGCCUAUGCUCUUCCGAGUUGUCCGCCCCGCUUUGGAGAAGGUCGUUGAGGCCCAGAUCCGCGAAGCCUUCAACAAGGCCGACGCAUAUGCCAACGAGAUUUCCAUCGAAGCCAAGAAGGCCGCCGAGGCCGCGCGCGAGGAUCCCGAGAACGCUCCUAGCAUGUUCUCUCGCUAUGCCGACGCCAUUCGCGCCCGCAGCCAGGCUAAGGCCAAGCAAGCCGAGGACGUCGUCAAGAACACCAAGGUCCAGACCGUCAUGACUCUCCAUGACUCCAUCUUCCCCGACGUCCACCUUCCCGGUGGCGUCUCCACCAAAGCCACCGAGUACGCCGACCUGGCCGCCAAGGGCGAGCGCUGGGAGUCCCCCAUCUUCAGCAUUGGCAGCGCCUCCGAGUCCAAGAACAUUCCCUCCGCCGGCCAAGUUACUCGCAAGCCCCACACCACCGCUGAUAGCGUUCUUGGCGGUGCUAGUGGCGCUACCGGUGCUAGUGCUACCGGUACUACUGGUGUUGGCGGUGUUGGCAGUGCUGGUGGUGUUGGCGGUGUGGCUGGCGCCGUCGCCGGUGGUGGUGCUGCCGGUAACGCCGCCGCAGCUGGUGCCUCUGGCUCCGCUACUACUGCUCACGGUACUAAGCUCGACGGAUACCCUUCUCGCGGCUUCUCCGACGAAGUUGACCAGGCCUUUGUCAACGGAAAGGGUGUCAGUGAUGUUAAGAACACCACCAUCCCUACUACUCAGGUGACCAACGGCUCGGCUGUCAACUACUAA